AUGGUGAUUUUGCCUCGUUCUUUCAUGAUCCUACUGCAAGUGCAAAUUAGAAUUAAAGUAAAGAAGGUGAUUCCUACAAAUGUCGGAGACGUGGCUAAUUCUCGUCGUUUCAUCGUUCGCACAAAUCGACAAAUCGUUUUUGAAAUUGAUGACAUGACGGAAACUUUGCGCUCAACUAUUGAAACGAUGUGCAUCAGCCAAUUGGGAAAGCGUGGAUUGAUCAGUGUUUAUUGUGAUGUCGGAAAGUCUCGAGUGGUUCUCCGAACUACACAUGCGCUUGAUGCUAAGGGUAUUAGUGAAGUUCUUUUUGAUUGUGGCUGUGAAAUGGUGACUCAGCUUACGAAGAUUGAUGGAAAUGACGAAAGAUUUCCAAUGUAUGCGAGUGAACGUGAACGUCGAUUGGAGUCAAAUCGAAAGGAAUUGCCAGAUUAUCUUGAAGAAGGACAUACAUUCGACCCAUCAACAACUCUCGUUACAAAGGCUCAUGCGCAAGAAAGUGGAUGGCUUUCAUCGGUGACAAGUUACGUGAAAUGGUGG